GCUGUGUGACAGUGCGGUUUGUACUAUAUCGGUACUGCAGAUGCGUUGAAUGUACGUGGGGACUCAAAUUGAGGAGUUUUGGUUGCAUAUGCUUUAGAUGAAAAAGAAUUAUGAUCAAGAUGAAGCCAUUGCUUGUUGUUGAUGUGUUUUUACUGACUGCAGUCGCGGAAAUGAUGAAGAAGGGCGACGACGCCGAAUGGGUACAUUUACCUGACAAAUGUGAAGUGUGCAAGUUUCUGAGUAUCGAAAUGAAAUCUGCAUUUGAAGAGACUGGAAAAACCAAGCAAGUCAUAGAGACGAAUUAUCGCUUUCUGGACUCGAAGGGUGCACCGCCAAUAAAAUACGUCAAAUCGGACAUCCGGUUCAUAGAGGUGAUGGAGACUGUCUGUCAACGACUCAUGGAGUACAAUCUGCACAAGGAGAGGGAAGGCAGCAACCGCUUUGCCAAGGGCAUGUCUGAGACCUUCUCCACACUGCAUAACUUGGUCCACAAGGGCGUGAAAGUAGUGAUGGAUAUCCCGUAUGAGUUGUGGAACGAGACAUCUGCAGAGGUGGCAGAUCUGAAGAAGCAGUGUGAUAUAAUGUUGGAGCAGUAUGAGGAAGUCAUUGAAGACUGGUACAAGGGUGAUCAAGUAGAAGACCUCACCACUUACCUGUGUGAGAAGCAUGUUCUUAAGGGGCAGGACAUAGACUGCCUGAAGGAGAAAUGGAGUGGGAAAAGGAGAGAGACAGCAGGCAUUACUGAUGAGAAGAAGGAGAAGAAAAAGAAUGGAGAGAGCAGUGGCCAGGAGAAGCUGAUGAAGAAGAAGGGGGGGAAGAAGAAGAAAAAGAAGAAGAAGAAGAGCAAGCUUUCAGAGCAGGAGAUGGGAGGAGAGAGCAAAGACGACGUGGAAGUCAUUCCAGAGGAGGGUCUCCAGGGCAGUGCACCCCUGCAUGGGGAGAAGACUGAGUUGUGAGUGGGCUGGGAGAAGACUGCAUGGCUCAUGGACUGAUUCACAGGCUUCCUAUCAGGCUUAUCCUCAUGCAGCAGGGACACUUAGCUUCAGCCUCUGCUAGCUGAAGUGCUGUGGGUUUUAAAGGACAUUUUAGCAACUGAUUGACACUUCAAAUGCCGGGUGAGACAGCUCGGUAUUUGGAUUGUUGACUAAAAUAAAAAGCUGACUUGAACUGAGGUCGAGCCAAGGAUGGCGUACCCUGUAGCUUUGAUGACCAGAACUGAAUACCCUUAAUUCUCCCCAGUUUCUGUUUGUUCUAUAUCAGCAACUGUGACCAGUGUUUAAUCACCCCAGUGUUCUCCAUUCUUUGCUUUUGCACUGUCUAAGCUCCAGAUGUCCAGUUUUGCUGUGUCUGUUGCCCAUACACAUAAUUAGCUUAUGGUUUUGACCUCCAAGGGGCAUGAGAGAUGUUUUCCUUUCUAAUAAAGGACUGGGUGUGCUAGUCUGGUCUAGCUCUACCCUCAUCAGAGACAUCUCACUGUCACCUGGAUCAGAACCACUGCUUCGGCCCAAAGCUGUAGCUCUGUAGUUCCCAGGUAGGGUACAAUGCGUGUCAUUCCAGCUACCCACAGAGGACCAGGACAACAGAUGGCUGCAGUGCAUAUACGUCAGGGCUUGAAUUAGAGACGGAAUCCACAUUGCUCCUGUAAGAGAAAACUGGCCAUAAUAGGUGUGGAACUUCGUACAUGUGUAGCUAAACUGGCAUUACCGUAACAACAGAAUGCCCUGACUUAACCAGUGCUAGCUAGUCCAAAUACAUGCAUUAGAAACCUCCUGCUGACAGUCUGUGUCUUUCAUUGAUAUCUGAUGAAGUUAGAGUAUACACCUGCUACACAGGCAUUUUUAUUCUUUUAAAGUGAAAGUAUUAUAAGCUGAACACACUCCCUAUCUCCAGAGAUCCUAUAAAAUUGUAUUGUUUUGUUUCAAGUUCUUUGUAUUUUGUCAACCUCUACGAUGCUCUGAGAGAUCUGGCUACCCACCUUUGCCCUUCUUCCCUUCAGAUAUUUCCCAGUAAUUUUACAUACACAAGGCAAAAAAGCCAUAGGUCUGAGUAAUGUAAUGAUGUCUGGAGGGCGGCAGCCAGGGAACUUUCCUUGGGCUCGCAUGGCCUUUUCAGCCCAGUUUUCCCAGAAUCCUUGGUGAUCCUUAUUGCCAGCUUGUGGUUCUGUCACAUAAAAAGUAUUUGUUGAAGUGUAAUCCAUGAGACGGUGUCAUUACUGUGUACUGUGCCACCAUCACUAGUGUGGAACUGCUGCACGCAUCCGUCUGUGAAAGUAACAGAUCGGCAAAAACAAAGUUUUGACCAUUGUCGUGCUUGGUAUCUUCACAAAGGGGAAUCCCUGUUCUACGUAUCUGAGAAAUCAACUUUACAAUGGAUAUGCUCAUUUCAAGUAAAAUGGGCAAGUUUAGCUUCCCAUUUAAUUUUUCUUACAUAUCCAUCCAUCCAUUUUCCGAAUCACUUAUCCUACUGGGUCAUGGGGGGUCUGGAGCCUAUCCUGGAAGCAAUGGGCACGAGGCAGUUCUUGCAUAUCUACGCCAAGAGAAUGUAAAAAUAAAUACAUUCAAAUGUGGAUUGGUUCUUUUGUCAUAGUUUUGCUAUCCAAACUACAUAAUUUAAGAUGGCAGAGUGUGGGGGUGCAGUCAGGAUACCAGUGAUGACAUGAAUUUUAUAACUGAAUCAGCUUGUUCAAUAAAUAGGAUUGUAUUUAAAA